AUAUCCCAAAAAACUGAAAUUACAGUAAACAUGGAACUUCAGUGUGCUGUCCAGAAAUAUGCCUGGGGUGUUAGAGGGAUGUCGAGUAGUGUGGCACAGCUUGCCAAGGCUGCCAAACCUGAGCUUGAAGUAGCUGAGGAACAGCCGUUUGCAGAGCUGUGGAUGGGAACGCACCCUAGUGGUCCAGCUGUUAUAAAGGGUACUGGUGAGACUUUGGGAGACUACAUAAGCAAGCAUCCUGAUGUCUUAGGAUCACCUGUUAUCCAGAAGUUUGGCAAAUCUCUUCCUUAUCUGUUCAAGGUGUUAAGUGUAAACCAAGCUCUGUCCAUCCAAGCUCACCCAAACAAGAGUCAUGCCGAGCAACUGCACAAGGACCGUCCUGAUGUGUACAAGGAUCCAAACCAUAAGCCAGAAAUGACCAUCGCCCUCACACCAUUCCAAGCUCUGUGUGGCUUUAGACCUGCAGAACAGAUUGUAAAGCAUUUAAAAGAGAUUCACGAGCUCAAGAAGGUAAUUGGAGAUGCAGCAGCUGAUGCAUUUAUUGAAAAUCCGACAGAGGAUAAUUUAAAAGGUUGUUUCUCAGCAAUGAUGAAUGCAUCGAAAGACACCAUUGCCUCUGCUCUUAGUGAAUUACUUCAGAGAUUCCCAGGAAUGGACUCAGGAAAAGGCAAAGAGCUUCUUAGGGAACUGUUUCUCACACUUCAUGAAAAAUAUCCUGGUGAUGUUGGCUGUUUCUCCAUAUACCUUCUGAAUUACCUGACCCUACAGCCGGGAGAGUCAAUGUUUCUUGGGCCUAACAUCAUUCAUGCUUAUUUGCUGGGAGAUUGCAUUGAGUGUAUGGCCUGUUCUGACAAUGUUGUUCGAGCUGGACUGACACCUAAAUACCAAGACGUAGAAACAUUAGUGUCGAUGCUCGAAUAUGGAAUGGUUCCAGCUGAGUCCAGGAAGUUCCAAGGGUCCAAGGUCGACCAAUUCACGACUUUCUACAAUCCUCCUGUUCCAGAUUUUGCAGUUGAUAUGAUUGAGGUUCCAACUAGUACAAAUGAAUUCACCCUGAGAAAGGUGGACAGUGCCAGUAUCCUCUUAGUAGUUGAAGGAGAAGUGGACAGUGUUGAAGUGUCUCCCCAACCUGUGGGAGACGUGCCAGUUGCGACGUCAGCACAGCGAGGAUCCGUCUUAUUCCUGGCGGCUGGGCAGUCUUUAUCACUGAAAUAAAGCAGGAUCGAGCUUCUGGCCUUCCGUGCUGUUUGUGUCUUAUAGAAGUGCUAUUUUACAAUUGUGCUUAUAGUUUUACACAAAAUUGGUAAGAUAUUAAUACAGAUGUGUGAUGUUGAUGUUCGUGCACAUCUGUGUGAUUAGUUUAUAGUUGUAGUUGACUUUGAAUGUUGGUCAUGGUUUUGGACUUAUGCAAUGGAAUGGUAUGUUUUUUGUGCACAGGGGAUAAAAUAAUAGUAUUAAGGUAAUAGCAGAAGGUGAAAAGAGAGCCUAUAUUUAAAUAGUUUAAAAAGUAGUAGUAUUCAUGAGAAAAUGGAUUAUUAUGACCUUAAUCUGUAAAUUCACAAAUAUAUUGAGGUUAAGCCUUUUUUUUCCACAAUUGAGAAAAAAUAUUUCUUGUUAUGAGUGAGAGACAAAAUUAAGCUUAAACAUAUAUUCUUAUAAUGUAUUUUUUAUAUUUAUUAGAUUACUUAUCUGUUAUAUCAAAAAUUAAAACCAAAGACCAUAGAUCUUAUCUUAAAAUUACCAAAUUUUCAUCCAGAUUCCUGUAUAAUACAUUAAAAAAUAAAUGAAAUA